GGAGGUGCCGCAGAUUUGCUCAGGGAACAGACAGGAACACUAACGAAGAACAUGGAGGUCAGAGAGAAGGCCAAAAUCGUAAUUACAGUAGCCUCUCUUGUCGCGGUGACGGUUCUGUUCGUGACGGAAUAUCGCCGGCGCCGUCACCGGAGGAAGAAGACAUCUCAUCUAAGCUCUUGUUAUCUGCAUUCCGAGCUGAAGCCGCAGUUCGGUUUCAAACGCGUACUUGCAGAUAACUCUUACUCUGAAUUCAAACACUUGAAGCUCGAUGAUGCGUCUUCCUCCUUAGAGAAAGCUUCGAACUGUCAUCCGUAUGAAGCUGAGAUAACUGUUCUAUUAGAGAAUAUUCAGAUUGAAUUUGGAUUUUUGAGGGGAGAGUGUUCAUUGGAAAUGAGUGAUUCGUAUGUGUGGGUUGAGAGGGAGUCACAGUUAAAGGAACUUGCGGAAAUAUUGGCAAAAGAAAAGGUUUUUGCAGUUGAUACUGAGCAACAUAGUUUUCGGUCGUUUCUUGGUUUCACUGCUCUAAUUCAGAUCUCUACACACGAGGAAGACUUUUUGGUGGACACAAUUGCAUUACAUGAUGCAAUGAAUAUCCUUCGUCCUGUUUUCUCUGAUCCUAAUAUUUGUAAGGUAUUUCACGGGGCUGACAACGAUGUUCUCUGGCUUCAAAGAGACUUCCAUAUCUAUGUUGUUAAUAUGUUUGAUACUGCCAAGGCAUGUGAGGUCUUGUCAAAGCCUCAAAGAUCACUGGCAUAUUUACUUGAGGCAGUAUGUGGAGUGGCUACUAACAAAUCGCUACAGCGUGAAGAUUGGAGACAGCGUCCUCUGUCCAAAGAGAUGGUGCAAUAUGCCAGAACAGAUGCACACUAUCUGCUCUAUAUUGCAGAUACUUUGACUGCUGAACUCAUACAACUAGCCACUGAAGAUUCAUCUAGCCCCGAUGACAAAUUCCAUUUUCUUCUCGAGGCUAGUAGGCGGUCAAACAUGACAUGUUUGCAAUUGUACACCAAAGAAACCGAAGAUUUUCCUGGGAGUGCUGUUGCUUCCUCAAUAAUUUAUCGGCAUUUAAACGGACACGGAGAUAAUUCUACCAUCUCGGUGAACUCUGAAUUUCAGGAGCUUGUUAGGAAACUUUGUGCAUGGAGAGACUUAAUGGCACGGAUCCAUGAUGAAAGCACACGAUAUGUGUUGUCUGACCAAGCUAUCGUUUCUCUUGCAUGUAAGCAGCCAACUAAAACCGAAGAGAUAUAUGAUACAAUAGCUCAUACUGAUUUGGCUUCUGAGUCUUCUCCGAGCUUCAUUAGGUCCUCAGUUCAGUCUCCAUAUCCGGUUAUUUGUAGUCAUUUGGAUGACAUAUAUCAAAUGAUUCUGAACAAGUUGGCUAAGCUGGAUGAAAUCUUACCGGUGGUUCUUAAGAACUGCUUGGGCACAAAUGGAACAUGUCCAAUAUCUGUCUUCAACUAUUCCCUUUUGGUAAACUUCAAGACAAAGCUAAGUAGCCGCUCUGCUCCCAAGAAAAAUGGACAUAAGAACUUCAAGCAAUUCACUCGGUUGGCCUCACGAGAGCUUUUUGUCAAGAAAUUUUCCUGCAAGGCACCGGUUUAUCACAAUUGUAGAAUAUACGCAAAUGAUGGACGAUUGCUAUGUUAUUGUGAUAAAAGAAAACUUGAAUGGUAUCUGAAUCGUGGACUUGCAAAGCUAGUCGAAGAAAAUCCACCUGCGAUAAUGCUUUUGUUUGAGCCUAAAGGACGUCCAGAAGAUGAGGGGAAUGAUUUUUAUAUCCAGACCAAGAAGAACAUAUGCGUUGGGUGUGGGGAAGGGAAACACUAUCUGCGUUACCGGAUAAUACCUUCUUGCUAUAGAGUUCAUUUUCCUGAGCACCUAAAAACUCACAGAUCUCAUGAUAUUGUUCUACUUUGUGUGGAUUGUCAUGAAGUUGCACAUGCUGCUGCAGAGAGAUAUAAGAAACAAAUUGCUACAGAAUUUGGAAUUCCUCUUUUUGUUCGUAGAGUACUUGAUUCAAAAGAAGCACAAGGAACAUCUUCUUCGAUGGAGGAUGAAUCAAUGAUCAACUCUGAGGAUGCAGGUGUCUCUCCUUUACAUCUUAGAUCAGCUGCAAUGGCUCUUUUGCGACAUGGGAACAGAAUGCCAUCAAGUCGUCGUGAGGAAUUGUUGCAGAUUGUCAAGAUGUAUUACGGUGGAAGGGACAUAUGUGAUGAAGAUUUGGAAAGAGCUUUACUCAUCGGAUUGAGCCCGCACGAGAGACGAAAACUGGAAAGAAAGAAAGGGGUCUCCCUCAAAAAUUCUGCAGAGGCUACUCGUAUGGACAAACAAGAAAAUGGUAAAAAAGAUAAUGAUUCUUUGUACAUCCACAAUCCUGAUGCAUCUUUAGAUGAAAACAAUGAUGAGGAGGCUCCUGCAAAUUGUGCGAAAAUUAUGAAUGUAGAAAGGAUCACAGUUACUGAUGAUAGUGGUGAUGGUGGUACAAGUGAAGGAGAUGGAGCUACAGAGCUAAAUGAUACUCAAUGUAAUGGAAAUAUGUUGCACCAGCAGAACUCCAAACUGUCUUUGCUAGGACAUGGACCACACGGGAAACAAAUUGUAGAGUAUCUUUUAAGGGAAUAUGGAGAAGAUGGUGUACGAGAUUUCUGUCAAAGGUGGAGAAAAGUGUUUGUUGAUGCUGUUCAUCCUCGCCAUUUACCUGGUGGUUGGAAUGUUAGUCACAGGGUUUGAUUUUUGUUUUGCCAGUGGCCGAAGAGAUUUUGGCGAAUUCAGCGUUUACAACCCUACAAAGAGACUCUCUACCGAGUAGCUUGAGCAUUGAAAAUCUAUUUCUGCUUCGUUAAUUUUGGACUGUUUGUUAUCCAGGAAACGAGUCUGGAUUGGUCUAUUUUGUAAUUCCCCAGCCGUAUCAGUGGUUCGUUGUAUUCUUCUGUAGACCUCUGUACUACGAAGCAAUUUUGGACUGUUUGUUAUCCAGGAAACAAGUCUGGAUUGUUUAGUUUAUUUUGUAAUUCCCCAGCCGCAUUAGUGGUUUGUUGUAGACCUAUGUACUGUCUUUAAACGAUAACAAAACUUUGCUUUA